CUUUCGUCGAGCAGCGCUGGAAUAUGUAUUUCUGCAGUCCACCUUUCUGCGGCACCUGCGCACACUCGCACGCUGCUGCUGUCCAUGCUCGCGCCUGAUGGCCAAGCUCCACCCUCGCAUGGCCCCUGCCGCUCGCCUAGCCUGCGGUUGCUGUCGAUCUCCCUGCUAUAGCACUAACCCAGAAUCAUAGCGGACACCCCCAAACAUACCGCCGUUCGCAGGCCAAAACCCCUUCACGCCUCGCCCACACACGGACACCACUGACCGCCCGUGGAUGCAGCGCAUCCGAACAUGGCAGUCACCAUGGCCGAGCCCAGCCUCCAGACGCCCACCAAGCCCAUCAACAUCCGCCCGCCGCCCAUGAAGCUCGAGACUCGCGCGCACCAGCCGCGCUGCGAGGCCCUGCGCGCAGACAACGCCGGCGUUAUGUCUCCAGUGAACCAGAACGGUAGCUUCGAGUUUGACCGUGUCGUCAAGUCCGGCACCAUCAUGAAGCGCACCCGCAAGACCAAGCACUGGAAACCCGUCUACAUUGUCCUCCGCCCGAACCUGCUCUCCAUCUACCGCGACAAGGACGAGACCAAGCUGCGCCACCAAAUCACCCUCUCCGAAAUCACGGCCGUCGCGCGCCAGAAGGACUCCAAGAAGAAGAUCCAGCAUGUUUUUGGCGUCUUCUCGCCUGCGCGCAACUAUCACUUCGGCGCUACCACGGAAAGGGAGGCACAGGAAUGGGUUGAUUUGAUCCGGGCUGAGGCGCGCAUAGACGAGGACGAGGAGGAGAUGAUCGUCAUGAGCCCAACUGGGGAGAAGACAUUCAGCGGCUUCGACCGGUCGAAGAAGGAGAUCAUUGGGUCGAGCUCGUCCGAGGUGGAGCGGCCCACGAGCUCGGUGGCACCUGAAAACAUGCACAGCGCGCGGCGGCCCUCGCACAGCCUCCAAUACUCUGGCAAUGAGUACGGGUCCAUGUCCGACUUCUCAGACACGGGCGGACCUGUGCAUGUCAAAUUCCACGAGUCCACCAAUUCACUCCCGCCGCCAAAAGAGCAGCAACUCCACAAUACCAGCCAACAGAGCAAUAUUGGCACGCUGCCAGACAACGAACGAGUCAUCUAUCACGGCUGGCUGUACGUACUCAAAUCAAAGGGCGGCGUGCGCCAAUGGAAGAAGGUAUGGGUGGUGCUUCGCCCAAAGGCGCUGGGGCUCUACAAGAAUGAAGAAGAGUACUCCGCCAACCUCAUCAUCCCAUUCUCAAGCAUUAUAGACGCUGUCGAUAUCGAUCCUCCGUCCAGGAGCAAGCAACACUGCUUCCAGGUCAUCUCCGAGGAGAAGAACUUCCGCUUCAGCGCGCCCAACGAGAACGCCCUCUCGAAAUGGUUGGGUGCGUUCAAGAGCUUGCUGAUCAAAAGGAAGGAGGCGGAACAACAGCGCGCGCUGCAGGCGACAGGGAACACCCAACCUCCUAGGACCUCGACCAGCGCACAACAACCCACCCUAAAGAAUAAACCGCCCGCGGCCAACCCGCAAACCCAACAACAUUAGAAUCCGACGAUAAGAUAGCCACGUCGCCGGCAGAUACCCACACGCCCCGCACUGCUCCCUGUUGACACUUUUCACCGCUUCAGACUCACACUCGCCACCCCGCAUCCCUGUCCUUGUCCCUGUACAUACCCCUUUCCUAUGUCUACACUACCACUUACUCGCCACAUCAGCCACCGCGACAGGCAUCUCCUAGUUUCAGCUCCAGCUUCCUUUUUCUAUCAACUUGCGAGUCUGUUUCCAGCGCUUCAGCGAUCGCUCACCUUCGGGCGGGCAUUCAUGACUUUCUACGACUUACGAUUUGAGCAUUUCGGCUCGUGGGCUUUGCACCGACGACCCUGGCGGCUUGUUGCGUUAGGUGGGAGGGGCUUGUGGUUAUUGUUACUGGCGGGUUCUUCGUGUAGUAGUGAAGCACGCAGUGGAGUUGUAAAGUAGCUUUGUAAUACCGUGUAGAGAUGGUUUAGCUUAAUUUGAAGUUUGUUCUGAG